UCAACGCGUAUAACAAUUUACAGAGAUCUAGUAUUCGUGAAACAAUCAAAGAAUCGUAAAAUAAAACUGGAAACUAAAAAUAUCACCGAAUAAAAUAAACUCCAAAAAUAAUAAUCAGAAACUGUGAUACAUCUAUAUUUGUAAAACAAGAUGAAACAAAUUUAAUGACAGUUAUAUCGACCCAAGUAAGUGUCCCAAAGUGAACAAAUUAGUUUGCUUUUACGACGCUCUGGAGACUCCCCCACCAUUCGAAUUCCUUUAUUAACGUUGUCAGACUCCAUUUCGAAAAGUAUAACUGGGUGAAAUCGAUGUUUUCCAUUGGAAUCAUUUCUCCGGUAAGAAAAAUGUAGAUUUAUUUGUUGGUUUGCGUGGGAAAACGGUCGGUUGGUGCCACCCUGUAUAGCUGGACUGCUCCACCGACUGGACUAUUAGCGCGAGCGAAGUUCCCAGCGCCGACGACUCGCGCGCCCGCGUGAAAAAGUGUCUGCGAGUUGAAUCUGAGCAGGACUCGCGAGAGUCUGUUGCGAAUCGUUAGAGCGAGCGGGUGUGCGACUUGUUAGAGCGAACGGGACACGAUUGCGAGGCAACCAAAUCAAAUAAAAUCGUUCUCGGACGUCCUAUAGGCAGCCGAAAACCAAUCGAAAACCUAGUCAACGAUGGCGCUCGCAGAUAAGAUGGAAUCGAAGGGCAGCUGCAACGAUAUUUUCAGAGCGUCGAACGAGGAUACGCAGACCGUUCAGGGCGAGGGGAAUCCUCUGUUAGAGGCGGAUCGAAAGUUCACGUCGGUGAAAAUCGACGCAAGAUCGAAGAGAAUGGACGAGGGCGACCAGGCGUCGAUGAACAAUUUGAGAAAAGAGACGACGGAAACCGACGAUCGAAACGUCGUUCCACCGCCGGAUGGCGGGCUUCGAGCCUGGAUGAUCAUGAUCGGCAGUUUCGUGAUCAAUGGUGUCCUCUUUAGUGUCAUUAAUUCGUACUCGUUGAUCUACCUCGAGCUGCAGAAGCGAUUAUUAGAGUCCGGGGACAGUUCCGCGUCCGCGAAGGCGGCUUUGGUGGGAUCGUUGACCAUCGGCACCACGUUCUUUUUGUCGCCGAUCUCUGGGAUCCUCACCGAUAAAAUCGGCAUCCAGAUGACGACUUUUCUGGGCGGCGCUCUCGCCUCCAGCGGCAUGCUUCUCUCGUCGAUAUUUUCCAGCGAGGUGGCAUUGCUAUACUUGACCUAUGGGGUCAUGUACGGACUCGGCGCUAGUCUGGCCUACACGCCGAGCCUGGCCAUUUUGGGGCACUAUUUUAAGAGGUACUUGGGCCUGGUGAACGGAAUCGUCACGGCCGGAAGUUCGAUAUUCACCAUCCUGAUGCCAUACUUCAUGGAGAUCCUGCUUCGACGUUUCGGUUUGGACAUCACGCUGAGAUGCUUGGCGGUGCUCACCGCGACCGUCAUGGCGUGCGCCUUACUGUUCAAACCUAUCCCAAUCAACUCCGACCCCGGGGAUCAGUUGAAGGCAAAAACGAACUUCCAAUCUUGCUUGAAGGAAGUCGUCAACGUGUCCAUUUGGAGGAAAAAACGAUACGUGGUUUGGGCUAGCUCUAUUCCUCUUGCUCUGUUCGGGUAUUUCGUACCGUAUGUUCAUAUAGGGAAAUUUGUUCAGAAGGUAUUCAAGGGCGACGAAAAGCUACCAAUCAUGUGCAUCGGUAUCACUUCCGGCAUCGGUCGGUUACUUUUCGGUUAUAUCGCCGACUUGCCCCGUGUCAACAGAAUAUUGUUACAACAGAUAUCGUUCGUUAGCAUUGGUAUUUUGACGAUGCUUCUGCCUGUCACGCCUUCGUUCACCGUGUUGUUGCUCAUAAUUCUGAUCAUGGGACUGUUCGAUGGAUGCUUCAUAUCUCUUUUGGGCCCAAUUGCGUUUGAUAUAUGCGGUCGAGAAGGGGCAACACAGGCCAUUGGGUUCCUACUAGGCAUGUGCUCCAUACCACUGACUGUAGGCCCACCGAUCGCUGGUCUCCUCUAUGAUCUCACCGGUAGCUAUAGUCUACCCUUCUUCCUCGCUGGUAUCCCGCCGAUAGUGGGAGGGCUCAUGAUGUUCCUAAUAAAGUUCGUUAAAGACGAGGAGCAGAGCUCUGUUAGAGAGAAUUCGGAGAAUAAGGCAGCUUGUCAGAAUGGGUACUCGAGCAUCGACUUUCUGCCCCACUGCUUCGUGGCUACUCUUAAACACAUGUGCGACUCGCAGGAGCAACCGAGCUGGCAGACGAUGCGUCGCGACGCACGCAACCACCGCCCAAGAUGUUGCGGAUUCAGGGGGGCCGUCCUCUGUCAGGAUCCUGGGACGAAGCGUCUCGAUCGUCAGCAACGCUCGGAGAGCGUGCCGUUGCUGCACGACGAGAGCCAAUCCCUCAGGAACGACGCUGACCUCCUCCACAGGACACCGCCGUCGUCGAUGCUGCUCACGUUUUAGUUCACGCGCAAACAAAACUCUCUUCGACCGCGUCGUCGAGGCCUGGGCUGCUGGCAGUUCAAAACUGUUCUGACUUUCGGGAUGUGAGCUGUGCCCUUUUGGAGAUUUGCUCAAUGCUCUGUUUUAUCCACGCUUGGCCAGCGACUAACACAGUCAGACACAAAUGGUAUUCAAGGAAAGGCUACCAAAGUAAAAUCAAACGUUCAGGGUGCUUUUCCUUGCAGAUUGUGUUGGGUCGAACGAGGGAUAAUCGAGGGGUAACCGAUACACCAAGCUACAGAAAUUCAAAUGUUUCAUUUUAUAAGUCAGAUUCUAGUUUUUGUAUCACCAGCCCUCGCUUGGCCACUCUCUGACGUUGUCAGAAAUAAAUUGAACUGCAAGGAGAGAUUUUCCUUGUAGAUGUGUUGCGUCGAACGAGAGCUGGCAGGAGCACUUAGUAGGAAACGAUUAUUUUGUAAAUAUUAAUUUUAACUAGGCUCGAUUUCUCAUAAAAAUCUCCAUAGUGAUUCGACGAGUUUCAGUAUGAUAGUUGUACCGAAAUCGACUGGUUACUCGAGGCCACUUUCAUAAUCGUCAAUUAUGUUAAAUAUUCCAGUUAAAACGAAAGUACCUGCGACACGGAGCGAGACAGAGUAGCCAGUGGUAGCCGCCAGUUGAUUUCAGUUAAACUAUAGCUCUCAGAGAAUCAAUUUUCGAAAGAGCACGGUUCGUACUUGAAAGACUGCGAUGCUUUUACAACUGCAAAGUAAUUAUAUUCGUGGAGUAGCUAUACAUAGUAGAUCUGAUUGCAACCGUCAAAGGGAGUAGUCUAUUUUUGACGUUUUGUCCAUUCCUCGGUGGACGCAAAGAAUGUUAGAAGAGUCGUAAAUUUUAAUGGUUUUGGAAGGGUGUCGAAUGACGAACAUAGAUCGGAUUCCGUAGUUUUAACAACGUAAUUGACGUACCUCGAUAGUCUGUACCACGUUCAUCGCGUACAAAUUGAAGUUAAGAAGAGUAGGAAACGAUCGAUUAACGUAGCACAAUAAAGUCAAUCUUACUUCAAUUAGAAAUGUUUGUUGAUAGGAAAAUUUCAGGAAAAACGAACGUUCUUCCUGUGAUUGUUCACGCCUUGCAUUUGCAAUUUGAUAAACAAUAUUAGUGUCGACAUGUUAGGGUUUUUGAUAUAAUACAAGAAAAUAAAAAAAAAAUAUAUAUACGUGCAUUUAAGAGACAAUUUUUUUAUAGAAGAGGAACAGUUUUAGAGGUAAUAUUCAGUUUGAAAUAUGGCAAUGCGCGACUCAUCCUGUAUAUAAAAUUUAACCAUGACAUUUUUAGAACGUGUAAUCGUCGAGAAGCCAGAUUAUUUUUGUUGCGUGUUAGGUUUUAGAUACAUGCGUUUGUAGUAGUUAAUUAUUCGUUUCGCACUAGAUUAGCCGAUUGCAGGCAAUCGGGCAGUCAAGCCAUGAAAAUAGUAAAAUGCCACUAAAUCGUUGUUCUGCGCUUCGCUUGACCAUAGAUUGUAAAUAGAACAAGAAAUUUAUGUAAUUGUUAUAGAUUAUAUUUUUCACCGAGGAAGACGCGUACGAAAUAUCGAAAUAUCGAAUGAAAUUAAAUGUAAAUGUUGAUGCGUAUAUCAUUAGGAAUAUUUUGA